UUAUCUUUGUUCUCUGCUCGAAAACUCAGUUCAUUAAGCCGCACCCUCUGCAUACUACAGAUCAUACAUACAACAUGAAGCAAAAGAUAGUCAUCAAAGUGCAAAUGAGCUGUGAAAAAUGCAGAACCAAGGCGAAGAAGAUUGCCGCUGAAGCAGAUGGUGUGAACUCAUUGGCUAUAGAAGGUCCAGACAGAGAUCAAGUUGUUGUGACCGGAGAUGGAGUUGAUUCAGCAAAUCUGACCCGUACACUCAGGAAAAAGGUUGGAUUCGCCGACAUACUUAGUGUGCAAAAAGUGGAAGACAAGGUGGAAGCCAAAGUGGAAGCAAAAACUGAACCUCCAAUUCCAUCAAGUUACGGUCAAUAUUUCCAGUACACUACUCCCACAUUCCACGAAGUGGUCUAUGAUCCUACCCCAAGUAUCUGUUCCAUCUUGUAAUAAGCAUAUGAGUAAUUAAAAAUAUGUGUUUGCUCUUGUUGGAAAUACAGGAUUCCAUGUCUUCACUCUGGAUUAUUAGCGGUUUGGUUAAUAAAUGUACUCUUACCCCAAUAGAUGAUUCAAUGAUUA